AUGGCAGACACGGCGCUGUUCCGUGCAAGCUCAGACUCGGAACCAGACGAGCCGCCAAAGAAGAAGGCGCGCUUCUUUGCCGACGAGGACUCGGACGACGACGUCUCUGGACGAGUCGACACGGUCCACAUCGAAUCGGACGACGACGAGCGCGCGCCAGUCGCUGGGCCAUCACGACUAGUCAAGGAAGAAGCUGGCGAGGACGCGCCGCAGGCUAGGAAUGCGGGUAGGAAGCGCGAGACGGACUGGGACGCCCGGUACUUUGGAGAGGUCUUCGUGUCUGGCUUUGCGCUGGCGAGCUCGUCGACCUUUGUCAAGCUGCGACCCGGCGAGGCCAUCACCUUGAACCGUUCGAAACCGUCGAACCCGUCGAACGCUACGGCCAAGAAGUCUUCUGCAUCGAAGAAGAAGCUCGAGCAUGACGUCGUGGGGUUUCGCAACGAGAAAGGGAUCGAGGUCGGCAGGAUCGUUCGCGAAGACGCAGCAUGGCUCGCCAAGCUGCUCGACCACGACUUGCUGCGCGUCACGGGCUAUUGCGUCGCUUGUCCAGAAAAGUUCCGUUCAGGCGACGACAUGCAGCUCUCUCUCUCCAUCUCCCUCGCUCGCAACGCCUUCGUCGAUCCGAACACCUCGGCACCCGAACCGGUCUCGCAGCCGACCAACACGGCCGGCAAGAAAGGUUUCCUCGACGACCUGAAGGAGACGGACCGCGAGAAGCUCCUUCGCGAGCGCAAGAAGGCGCUCAACACGCUGUUCGACAAGGCCGACUUGCACCCGUACGUCGAGGACGGCAAUAUGCCGACCGGCACGCAGAGCAAACGAGCCAUGCUCGACAAGAUGGAGAAGCGGACUGGUGUCGGCGAUGAGGAGGAAGAAGACGAGCUCAACGAGAUCCAGCUCAACCUCGUCUACUCGAAAGCGAUCAAGAACGAUGCGAGCCUGCCGGAGCGGGAUCCUCCAGACACCUUCGCUCUCACCCUGCGACCCUACCAGAAGCAAGCGCUGCGCUGGAUGGCGGCCAUGGAGACAGGCGAAGAGCAGGCUCGCAAGAGUCUCUCGAUGCACCCGCUCUGGGAGAAGUACCUCUUCCCCGGCAGCAAAGACGAGAAGGAUUGCUUCUACUACAACCCGUACUCUGGCGAGCUGUCCCUCGUGUUCCCUAAGGCAUCGACGAAGUGCAGAGGCGGCAUUCUCGCCGACGAGAUGGGCCUCGGCAAGACGAUCAUGGUCGCUUCGCUCAUCCACACGAACACUGCGUGGACUGCGGCGCAGACGACUGACGACGAGGCGGGUUCAGCUGCAGCCGGCGCCGACAGCGACUCGGACCUCGACUUGUCGACCACGAAGAAGCCGAUCCAGACGCAAUCUCGCCUCGCUGGCGGCGGCAUCUACCGCAAGUCGCAGCCGUCCUCGUCCACUGCGAACGGCUCGUCCUCGAAGCGCCCUCGCCUAAAGUCCGGCACGCCGCGCGCUACGCUCGUCGUUGCGCCCAUGACGCUCAUCAGCCAGUGGUGCGACGAGCUCGAGCGCAGCAGCAAGGGUGGCGAGCUGCGCGUGCUCAUGUAUUACGGGAACAAGCGCGAGAGUGGGGCAGACCUGCAGCAGGAGAUUGACGGCGGCGUGGAUGUCGUCGUGACGAGUUACGGCACGCUCUGCUCUGACUUCAAGCAAAGCGGCUUCGACACGCCCGCACAACCAAGCAAGGAGAAGACCGCCGACGAUGCGGCGAAGAAGAGCAAAGGCAUAGGGAAGGGGAAGGAGGAGAAGCCCAGGAGCAAGAAGAAGAAGCCGAAGGGCCUCUUUGCGAUCGACUGGUUCCGCAUCGUCCUCGACGAGGCCCACCUCAUCAAGUCGCGGACGACGCUGAACGCGAAGGCCAGCUAUGCGCUCAAAGGCGCGAGACGCUGGGCGCUGACCGGUACUCCUAUCGUCAACCGCCUCGAAGACCUCUAUUCUCUUCUGCACUUUAUCCAGCUCGAGCCCUGGGGGAACUUCUCGUUCUUCAAGACCUUCGUCACCGUCCCUUUCCAGAACAAGGACCCGCGCGCGAUCGAGGUUAUCCAGGUCAUCCUCGAGAGCAUCCUCCUCCGCCGCGAGAAGAAGAUGCGCGACAAGGACGGCAACCCCAUCGUCGCCCUCCCGGAGAAGAAGCUCGACGUGGUCCAUCUCGAGUUUACGCAGGACGAGCGCGAUAUCUACGACGCCCUGUACAGGAAUGCCAAGUCCAAGUUCCUCGGAUACGCCGAGGAAGGCACGGUCUUACAGCAUGUCACGGCCAUCUUCUCGAUCCUCAUGCGCCUCCGUCAAGCAGUCCUGCACCCGUCGCUCGUUCUCAAGCGUCUGAAGGAGAACCUGCGCGCGAAGGGCCUCAACCGCACGGCCAUCGACGACGACCCGAUCGCACAAGCUGGCGAGCUUGAAGAGACGGCAAUUCAGCGGCUGAUCGAGCGGUACACGGCUGGAUUGGCGAGCCAGGGUUUGGCGGAGGGGACGCAGGAUGCGAUUGACGAGCUGCUUGAGAACAAGGACAAGGGUGACGCGGAUGAGGCUGGAAUGGAGUGCAUGCUCUGCAUGGAGCCCGUCGAGGUGCCCGUCUGGCUGCCGGGAUGCGGACACUCGGGCUGCAAGGGGUGUGUCUUGCAGCACUUCACCGAUUGCCAGGAUGCUGGAGAGGGAGCUCGCUGCCCUGUCUGCGGUUCCGGACCGCUCAGCGAACGCGAGAUUGCGGAACUCCAGAAGGCGGAUGGGACCAAGCCGACUGCGUCGCAGAAGAAGACGAAGAAGCACGGCUACUCGAUCCAGACGGUCGCGUCGUCGCCAGGCUCGUCCACGUCGAAGGAGGUCCUGAUUCUUGACUCGGACGACGAAGACGACAAGCCGCCCUCGCCAAAGAAGACUGUCAUGGGCAAGGCGAAAGCGCCCAUCGCGUCCAUCACGCUCGACUCCGACAGCUCGGACGAAGAGCAGGACGAAGAAGAGGACGCUUCGGACGACUACCUGCCGAGUCCGCCGCCGCGCAACGGCACCUCCGCAGACGACGACGACGACGGCGACGACGCGGGCCGACUGGAGGAUAGCGAUGACGACGAUGAUGUAACCGGCGGCAAGAAGGCGGUCAUGCUGUCCAAGGGCGACUUCCGCUCGUCGACCAAGCUGGACGCCCUCGUCAACUCGCUGAAAGCCGCAAAAGCGAAGGAUCCCCAUCUCAAAGCCGUCGUCUUCUCGCAGUUCACCGGCUUCCUCGACCUGAUCGAGCGAGUCAUGAACCGGGACAACUUCAACUACCUCCGUCUCGACGGUGCCAUGUCGCAAUCGGUCCGCCAGAAGGUCGUCCGCAAGUUCACCAAGACCGACAAGUCGGUCAUCCUCCUCGCGUCGCUCAAGGCUGGUGGCGUCGGAUUGAACCUGAUCGCUGCCGACCACGUCUACCUGAUGGACACCUGGUGGAACGCCGCAAUCGAGAACCAAGCCGUCGACCGCAUCCACCGCUUCGGCCAGACUCGCCAGGUCUACGUCACCCGCUUCCUGGUCAAUCACUCCAUCGACGACAAGAUGAUCGCGCUUCAAGAGCGCAAGACCAAGGUCAUUCAGGGAGCUCUCGGGCAGAACAAGGACAAGAACAAGAAGCAGCUGGCGGAGGACCUCGCGAUGAUUUUCGCCGACGACUGA